AGCUCCGCGGGCGAAGUCGGGCCGGUCCCGGCAGCCCGCCCGCCUCCCCGCGGUUCCGGAGCCGCCAGCUCCCGCGCCCCGCUCGGGAUAUCCGCGUCCCGCCGGCACAGGCUUCCUGGGGCUGAGGAAAAUGCCAUCAGUGUUUCGGUGAAUUACAGAGAGUGACACCCCGAGUAUCUUGGCUGCAUCAACUCUGGAGCUGCCAAGGGACUGAGAGGCUUAUGAAGAGGUUUUGUCAGGCAAAACAGUGCUUAGCAAAGACACCGAGGAGGAGGGAAAAGGAGAAAGGGAGGGAGAGAGAGCUGAAACAUUAACAAACCAUGAGAUCUAUCCGAUCUUUUGCUAAUGAUGACCGCCAUGUUAUGGUGAAACACUCAACCAUUUAUCCAUCUCCAGAGGAACUUGAAGCUGUCCAGAACAUGGUAUCAACAGUAGAAUGUGCCCUUAAACAUGUAUCUGACUGGAUGGAUGAAAAGAACAAAUCUACAAAAUGUGAGGCUGAUGUGGAAGCAAAGGAGGAAGCUGCAGAAAGCAAUGCCAAGGAUCAAGGUGGUCGGACGUUGUGUGGUGUUAUGAGAAUUGGCUUGGUUGCAAAGGGUUUGCUGAUAAAAGAUGAUAUGGAUCUGGAGCUGGUUCUCAUGUGCAAAGAAAAACCCACAAAGACCUUGUUGUGUUUAGUUAAAGACAAUCUCCCAGCUCAAAUCCAGAAACUUACAGAAGAGAAGUAUCUCGUGGAGGAGCAUGUAAAUGAGGCAGCUAUUAUUAUUCGUAACACAAAGGAGCCCAAGCUAACUUUGAAGGUGAUACUUACAUCCCCUCUCAUUCGAGAUGAAGCAGAGAAGAAGGAAGGAGUAGAUAAUGUUGCGAUGAAAGAUCCUCCGGACUUAUUGGACAGGCAGAAAUGCCUGGAGGCCUUGGCGUCUCUGCGGCACGCCAAAUGGUUUCAGGCCAGGGCAAAUGGACUAAAAUCAUGUGUAAUUGUCCUUCGUAUUCUGCGGGAUUUGUGCAACAGAGUCCCCACAUGGGCACCCCUGAAAGGAUGGCCACUCGAGCUUAUAUGUGAAAAAUCGAUAGGUACUUGUAAUAGACCUUUGGGCGCUGGAGAAGCUUUGCGACGAGUGAUGGAGUGUUUGGCAUCUGGAAUUCUACUUCCUGGAGGCCCUGGUCUGCAUGACCCCUGUGAACGGGAGCCAACAGACGCUUUGUCUGACUUGACAGUUCAGCAAAAAGAAGCCAUCACACACAGUGCUCAGCAUGCCCUUAGAUUAUCAGCCUUCGGUCAGAUCUAUAAGGUUUUGGAAAUGGACCCCCUCCCAUCAAAUAAGUCAUUUCAGAAAUAUUCCUGGUCAGUAGCUGACAAAGAAGCAUAUCCAUAUUACAAGGAAAUUUAUACCCUAGGUACAGGCUCAUCUGCUCUUAAGAGACCAUUCGAAGAUAGUGUCGGGGAUGAUAAAGAUCCAAAUAAAAAAAUGAAGCGUAAUCUGAGGAAAAUACUAGAUAGUAAAGCAAUAGAUCUCAUGAAUGCUCUGAUGAGGCUGAACCAAAUCAGGCCAGGGCUUCAGUAUAAGCUGCUGUCACAGUCUGGUCCAGUCCAUGCCCCCGUCUUCACAAUGUCUGUAGAUGUUGACGGUACGACAUAUGAAGCAUCAGGACCUUCUAAGAAAACAGCCAAGCUCCAUGUGGCAGUGAAGGUUUUACAAGCAAUGGGGUAUCCAACUGGUUUCGAUGCAGAUGUGGAGUGUAUGAGUUCUGACGAAAAAUCAGAUACAGAAGGUAAAAAUGAAACAACGUCUUCAGUCUCAAGCAAUAAUACUGGAAAUUCCACAGCUGACACCUCCGCUACCCUAGAGGUCAGAACUCAGGGUCCUAUACUCACAGCAAGUGGCAAAAACCCAGUGAUGGAGCUCAAUGAAAAAAGAAGAGGUCUGAAGUAUGAGCUCAUCUCUGAGACAGGUGGAAGUCAUGACAAGCGCUUUGUGAUGGAGGUAGAAGUAGAUGGACAGAAGUUCAGAGGCGCAGGCCCAAAUAAGAAAGUAGCAAAAGCAAGUGCUGCAUUAGCAGCUCUUGAAAAACUGUUUUCUGGGCCAAAUGCAGCAAAUAACAAGAAAAAGAAGAUUCUUCCUCAGACUAAAGGGGUCGUCAAUACAGCUGUUUCUGCAGCAGUCCAGGCUGUUCGAGGCAGAGGCCGAGGUGCUUUAACACGAGGGGCAUUUGUUGGGGCAGCUGCUGCUACUGGAUACAUAACACCAGGCUAUGGAGCACCCUAUGGGUACAGCACAGCUGCACCAGCUUACGCAAAAAAGCUGUGUUGAUACUGCUGUAUCAGGCACUGCAUUCCUUGCAUACCUGUGGAAAACAUUUGGGCAGGUACCAAAGCCACGGCCAUGACCUGCACUGAAAGGCAGACCAUGGUUCUAGGUAUGUGGAAUGUGUGGUAUUAUCUAACUAAUACAGAGAGAAAUUAUUUCCCUAAACUAUUAAAGCUAAACUCCAAAUGAAGACUGAAAGACUUUGAUGAUAUUACAGUUAAAAUCUGUAGAGAUUAAAUGUUAUUAGGCCAAAUUAAUUCAUGAAGCAGCUAGGUUUGCUUUCCUCCUGUGGGUGCAAAGGGAGGAGAGGAAGGCAGGCAGUGAUUUAACUCUGCAUGAAUAAUUUGCUUAGCUGUGGUUUUCUAAAACUAGAAAUUAGGAUACAGCCAUCCAUAAACAAUUCUUUUCAGUUCUGUAGUAAAUCUUUUAACAAAUAUUUUACUUGGAUUAAAAUGGUUUUGGAUUAUGACCUAUAUGGUGCACAUGAUAUGUGUAGUUUUAAAUUUUUUUUUUUUUUGCUUUUCUAUAACCUUGCAUUAUGCAAAGUUGCACAGCACAGUACUGCACAACUGCAGUACUUGCAGUACUUGAAGUUGCUGGAAACAACUCUUUUUAUAUAAAAAUGGUAAAAAAAAAAAAAAAAGAGAGAGAGGAAAAUUGGUGAUGUUGUAGUAGCAUUUUAGGGUGUAAAUUCAGAGAUGAAAGCAUAAAAAAACCCUGACUGAUCACAGUUUAUACAGUUGUAAAACAGGAAAACACUUAGUAUGGAAUAUGUUAGUAGUGUAUCAGGCUCAAAGCUUGUUGUUUUGCAUCAAAAUAUAACAGCCAAAACAGACUAUUUCAUUUCAAUACUGAAAACAUCAAAUUCAGUAAAUAACUGCAUGUGUAGGUUAUCCAUAAGUCAGGAUAAGUAUGGAUAGAAUUCAUAGGCUGAUCUAGAAAAAUAGCUGUUAAAUAUUGUUAGCUUUGCUACUGUUGGCAGAAACAUGAUCUUGCAAGUGGCCUAUAUAUCUGCACCAGGGGAAAUGAACUUGAGGAACUGUAGCAGCCACUUGCCUGUGAAAGCAUAUAACCAUUUGAUUACAUUUGCAGGUGCAAUUGAUGACCAUCAGAAUGUCCUUCCCAUUCGGUGGUGCAGGUUUUCAUCUGCUGUUAUCUUCAAGGUGCAAACCUGGGGCUUGGUCUGAAGCUAACUUAAAAUUCAGUUCCCUCUUGGGGCCUGUCAGGCUGCGCAGUGCCAGUAUGGAGCAGCAGGCUGCUCUGCUUCCUUCCACAGACAGGGUUCUGUAUGUGUCAAGGCAGUGUUAAGGUGCAUUAUAAUGAACUUCUCUUGAGUAUUCCUUUCCUAGGCUUAACUGAUGUCAGUUUGACAAGCACUGUCCAGUUCAAGAACUGAUUAAUAAAAUGUCUUGAUGGCUCUUAUCUGAUCUGUUUCUUUGUGGCCUGUACUUGGCAGCUUAAUCCAUGUGUAUUGGUUUCCAUCAGAAAUGCUUUGACUGUGAAUUUCCAUUUCUUCUGUCACAUUACCCUUUUAACUCUUACAAUCCUAAGCAUUCCACUCUUUAAAAAUCUUUGUUGGAUCUUCUCUUUUUCACUGAGAAGAUAAUAAAUCUCUCUAAUACAUUUUUGUUUGUAAUGCAAGUACUUAUGGCUGAAAUUUGUCCUCUUGCCUUUGCUGCACCCCUUCUCAGUACGACAAGCAAAACACACAGUGUACUUAAGACUCCUAAAUACUGGUUUUUGCAGCCACUUGGAAUCAGUGAUAAGAUCCUGAGGUGUAAGAUUGCCUAGGAACCUGUCUUGUUUGACAGUGGAACUUGAGCAAAACAUUACGUGCCUAAUACACUGGCAUUGGAGAGAGCAGUUAAAUGCUACCAGUAGGCUUUAAUCUGUCUGAAAUAUCAAGCCAUUAUAAAUAAUUUGGGUAACAGCUGCUUGAUCAAUGUUGCAACAAACACUGAUACGGUAGAACUAAAAACUCCGUUUGCAUAACACUUGCACGUUUUCUUUUAAAAGCCUCCUCACAGGAGCAUGGUCUGAAGUGCCUUUUCUGUGAGAUGAGAGGUCUACCUUAUGGCUACUGAUCUUGUAUUUCUGGAUAUUCCCAACAAUCAAAUAUGUAAAUCUGGUUCUGUGUCCUUUGUGCAGCUGCCAAGUAUUGUUGCCUGUUUUGUAGUACCUCCUCAGUGAAGCAGAAAUGUUAUAGUUUGAAUUUCUAGCUCAUGGAAAGGAAUUCUAAAAAGGUUCCUUUCAAUUAGUACAUAUAUAAACAGGGUACCAGGGAACGUCUGUGCCUGUACACUACCCACCUUAACUCUAGAUUUAGCUAACCACAUGAUAGUGUGUAUUUUGGGAGAUGGUGUCUGGCACUUAAAGGAAUAAAAGCCAGAGCUUUACAAUAAAGAAUGGACCUGUUUAAUUUGUUCUCUCUAUUGGAGGUGGAUGUCAUUGCCAUUAACUCUGGAAGAUCAACUGUGAGCUCCAGUGAUCUGCUCAGUUAACACUGAGGAAUGUGAGGCUAUUGACAGGAUGGGGAGAAAAUACAGACUGUUCAAUGUUGUAACACUAUUUGUUUGCCUUCAGCUGCUUUCGCACACAAACCCAUCAUCCAGUAGAUACUUGCUUUCCCUUUUUACCAGUUUGAGUUUCAUGGGACCACACAAGGGAGAAACAUUGUAUACCAGCCUGCAGCAUUGUCUGACUGUUAGCAGCACUUCUGUCUGGUCCAUGUCCCCUUCAGAGAAUUUAAUUCCAGUUGACUUCUUACACAGCUGUAGCACUGGUGUAAGAGCAGAACUGCUGUAGGGUCAUACAUUCUAGAAACUCUUUGCUUUUGUUUUGAAAUAGGUGAAAGCUAGACAGAAGUAUUACUUAGAAAUCUGCGAGCACAUGACUUCAGGAGACAUGUGGUCUUUAUAUACAUACGAUACAAGUCUGCUGGUAGGUCCUCUCCAAAAGUGCACAGCUCUACAAGGAGCUGGCACCUCAGUUUCACCAGUUGCAAUGGUCAAAGAACUCACUUUUUAAACAGCAGUAUUUACAGAUGGAAACCCUUAAGUAAGGUGUACUGCUAACCAUACCUCAGCAUUUUCCCUCCUGAUGGGGUCAAUGACAGCUGGAAUGCUUGCCAUUUUCCCAGAUAUCAGCUGUGAAUUUUGAAGAUGUAAGGUAUAGGACUACAAUCCUACUUUGCCAGCCAUACAGGUAUGUUCUAUCUAGAGAAAGUUAUAAGGCAACCUUAUUAGUUUGGAGAGCCUGGUCAACUGAAAGGAUGGUACGUGAUGCUUCCUGCCAUCAUGUCCUCUCUCUGCCAGGGCUUGCUGUCUUCCUUAAGCACACGUUCAGGAGUUGGAACAUGGUGACCUUAUUCCUGGGCUUUGUGCCACUCGGAUGGAGGGAGGCCAGCCUAUACUCAUGAAAGGAAAGUGUAACACGUGGCUCUGGUGCCCAAGCAAUUUCUGUUGGCCAGAAUGCACAAUCCAACCCUCACAAAAGCAAUUUAUUGCCUGGGUAGGUGGUGCCUAAUUUGUCUAAUUUGCUGUCACACAGCCAAUGUGAGUCAAUUAGAUGAUUCAGCAACUGCUGCAGACUUUCACAGCAGUUAAAUACCUUUGCUUCUGUGGAUUCUGUCAUCCUUCUCUGCCUUUUCUGAUCACCUUCUAGCAUCCCAGUAAAUAACUGAUUGCCUCAAAUGUUGGAAUUGUAACAUAGAAGUUUAUCAAUUCUUAAAAACUGUUAAUCAGCCUAUGAAGAGCUUCAGAGAAACAAGUUUUCCUACAAAUAUUUCAAUAUAUCCAUGUGUCAAGGGACUAUUUCUACUAAUUUACAAGGAUCUGUGAAAACUACUCUGGUAUCUCUGAUCUCUGGAGACUCAUGUUAUUUCUUCGAGAACACUUUCCUUCUGGUAGAAAAAAAGAUUUAAAACGUCUUACUUGAUUAAAGACUAUGCCCUCUAGCCACUGAAAGAACUUACUUGGGGAAAAGUGCACAAAUCUGAAGUUCUUUAAGGCAUUUUGCUUUCAUUGAACCACUGAGAAAAAUUUCCCUGUCCACAAGUUCCUCACAUUAUGAGGAAGUAGAAAAUGAAGAGUGGCAUGAAGAUUCUUAAUCUCCAGUUGGCUGUUCAACUAUGGAACAUCAGUCUCUUGGCACUCCUAAAACUCUUAAGAUAGCAAUAAAUGGGAGCAGCAUUAAUGUGUACCAUCCCUGAUCCACUCUCAGCAGUGUCCUUGCAGAGUGAGCCUGGCAGCCUCUGUGUUUUCAGUCACCAAUCCCCUGAAAGAAAGUGUCCCUUGCCUCAUUUGUAAUUCUGCAUCUGUACUUCUGAGAUCCAUCACAGUCUAGAGGUGGGAUUCCUGAACAUCUCUCCAGAACUGUGUAACUGAAGAGCAGGUUGACAAUAGAGCAUUUCAGUCGUAAGACAAAACUGCAAAUUUCCCUCUGCCUCUUCUGCUUGGUAAGCUAAGAUACCAUCUUUUGGUAUUAGAACUUCUUGCCUUUAGCUAAAUCUCUGUAGACAGUUGCCUGAUACUUAAUCAAGAGAAAGGUAUGUCCCAGCUUCAGAUGAGUUCCAAGUCAUAGAAGCAGUUUACAAAAACAGCUACUAGUUCUGGUAGCUCUGGGAAACAGCACAAGAACUCUGCUGCAAUGGAUUCUUUUGGAUACAUGAUGAGUUAUGUAAAUAUUAAGUUGAUUGUUAUUCUCAGUCCUGAAGCUAAGACGUCUCCUCUCUGGCAUCAAAAGAAUGAAAAUGAGCUAUCUGCUGGACUCACCAAGGAGUUCUCUUAAGAACAGUUGUACUGUCUUAAAAAACAGUAGCUCAACUUGAAAGUUCAGGACACAGACCCUCUCAGACUUCCUCUUGAAUAAAUCCAUUUAAAAAUGAGAUACUUACUGACUUCUUUGAAGCAAAGGGACAGUGUAGUUGCAUCUGCUAUCUAUAGUAUAUGAGACAUCUUGUCUAACAGCUCAUUGGUUUCAUUCUUCUGUUUUAGCACAUCUUAUUUUCUGUGAAUCUGACCCUUACUGUAAAAUGGAAAUUCUGUUACAGUCCUUUUACAGCUAUUCACUGGAGACUCAGCACUGAAGUCCUGUGCCUAUGGAUUGUGGCAGCAGUUUUCACCUAUACUUUCUUUUGAACAUUAACCACUUUAGUAAGCUGUUUUGUUACUUAAUCCCAGAAAUUAUGUCUCCUUAGUUUUAUGUGUCCUCUAAAUCCACCCCUAUUUAUGUCUAGGCUUCCUAGUGCUCCAAACAUAUUCCUUUUUCCCAUUCUGCUCAUAGAAAUGGGACUGAUUCAGUUAUUUGUUUGUAAGUGAUGUUUAAGAUGUUACAAAGGUAUGAGUAGGGUAGAUAUGCCUGUUCCUUUAGCCUGGGAUCUUCAAGAGAAAGGGUGCUUUUCCUGCCAGGCCUGUCUGGUGCUGUGUAGGCAAUGCACUGCCUUGCUAAAAGUAGCUGUGUGAGGUUUUUAGGAGAAAAGUUCAUUAUUGUGUAAGACUAAAAUUCAGUCAAGUGUUGAGUUUUUUCCUCUAAUUCCUGUGGCUGCAUGAGACACUCAGACUGCAUGUUUAUCUUGACAUUUAAGAGGAGUUGAAUGUCCAAAAGGGGUGUGUGGAGAUGUACAUUUGUAAAGCAAAUUUCUUACUUUAGAUGUUGUUUUAUCUUUUAUUUGGUGCCUUAACUGUGUACGAUCUAAGGUCAUACAAACUGCACCACAGGUAAUUUAAUAGUGUACUUUAAAAUAACCCAUCAAGCCUAAUCUACAGAAACUGUUGCACAGACUGAAGCUUUCUCACUGGGAGAGUUCUCUUCCAUCUUUAAUUACUAAUCCAUUGAGGAACACGAGUUGCAAGAAUUUAAAGAGCAUGUAAAAAUUUUAACUACAGAUUGAGACUGAAUUUUUUUGAUUUCCAACUUCAAAGGUUUGUGGCAAUAAAAUAAUUAUGGUCUCUUCUGUGUUGUGUAAGUAAACAACAUCAAAAUGUUUUAUAGCUAGCCAGAAGUGCAUGUUUGUGAAAACCUCUGGACUGUUAUCUCUACUAGAACAAAUUACACUAAUUCUGAAAAGGCCUUAAUUGAAUGUAAUUUGCUAUCAUUCAUUCUUUGGAACAGGGGAGUUGGAAUGAGUAAGAGGAGUUGCAAUUAAUGUUUAAUUGCAAAAUAGCAUGUGAACUUAAGCUUCAUUCCUGCCUCUUACCUGGAUCUAGAAGCUCCAGGUGCAUUUUGCUUCUUUGCAGUUCGUGAGGUGCCGUGCAGUUUCUACUUGAACUUGUUUGCUGAAUGCAUCUGGUCCUGGUAGAAUGGACUGAGGCAAAAGAGAAAGAGGAAGAAAAUGAAGCUAGAAUGCCCUUCUCCAGUCUUAAAGGUUGAGCAUCAUAAAUAGGAAGUUGGAGGGGAAGUUGCACGUCCUUUUCCAAGUCCAUUAAUACCAUCUGUGGUAAAACCAGGAAGUUUGUCUACUGUGGUAAACCAACAGCCUUAGUAUCUUAUGAACAGGAGAAGAUGGUGGUGUUUUUCUAGUAAUUUAUAAGAAACUAGAUAAGAAAUUUAAGCCAUCCAUAUAGCAGGCAAGAAUCUGCUAGUGAUGUUGUUACAGGAGAUGCAACUGAGUCUUCGGAAGGAAAGGAAUAGUAGUAAUUACCCCUAAAGUAAUACUAGUAAGUUACCCCUACAAAGCCCACAGUAUUCUAGACUUUCCCUUUAGACAGAAUAGCAUGGCAACAAGGAAAGCAAAUACUGCUUCCAUAACUACAUGUAACGUACUUAUUUCAGGUCACCAAUAUUGGUGCAAUGAGUUAUGACAAACUAGUUUAAUCUUACCAGAAAAGCGUAUUUUGAAAUUCUAUCCACUUCUGUUUUUUUAAGCUAGAGGGGAGUUAAUUAUGGCACUCAUCUAUGUUUUGGAGGGAGUAAAGCAGAAAGUAAGUUUCAACUUCGUACUUCAAAGCUGCUCUGAACAAGUUGCUAAACAGUGUUCUAUGGAAAAAAAAUGAUUUACUUAUUUACUUUCUUUGUGCUCAUUUCUGUGUUCUUAGAAAAGCACAAGCUUGUGUAAGCAUAAUCAAUACAAAGUUUCUCAGGGUACUGUGUCAUCUCAGCAGUGGACACUAACUGCAUCUUAAGUCAACAGGCACAUAUAAAUCAAGCUUAAUUAAGAGGAACAGAACAUCUUGGCAGAUUUUACUUUACUUCUGACACUAUUACAAAUGACCUAUGCAUACAGAAAUGUGUGUAUUGCUGCGCUCGCAACAGAACCUGUAGUUCUGUGAGGGCAUCCUGUAAGCUAACAAAGUAAAAUGUAGUCAGGGUAGGAGAAAGUAUUCUUUGAUUAUUAUUUCCACAAAGAACUGUUCAUAAACAGAUGAAAAGUGAUACUGGUCAAAGCAGAAUAAUGAUGGGAUGAAGAACAACUUUUAGAGCAGUACAGCUUUUGAAAAGUUAGUGAUUAUAUGAAUUUAAUUAGGAAAAUUUGCUGUACAGAUUAUUUCCUGUGUUUUCAAAUUGGUAUCAGUGCUUCCCUGCUUAAACCAACAGGAUAAAGACAAGUGGAGUUUUCUAACUGAUAACAUAAAUUGCAUGAAAAUACCCAUAUACUGGAAGAAAACAGAGGCUGUACUGCAGAGAGCAUAUUGAACUACAGAGCCAUUCUCUGGGCAAUGCUGCAUAAUUUAAGAGCGGGUAAAUAAGCCUUCAGGGACAACAUGACACAGAACAGAUGUUUAAAGUUUUUUAAACAACAAGAAAUCACUAAAAGAAACAAAAAAACCCCCAACAACCAAACACAGAAAAAAGCCUCUAAGCUUUGUUUAGUCAUACAUUUUUUCUUCCCUGUAAAAGGGACAGGUACUUUCAUAUUCGCUCAGUGAGUUAUACAUCACACAUCACAAAGGUCCUUAAGGACAAAUGUUUUAAAGCUAGUCUCCUUUUGGACAGAAAGGAAGUUGACUCUGUCUUCCAGUUCCAAAGUGCAGUGUCUUAUUUCUUAUCCUAACCCCAAUUCAAUAUUUAUUGAUCAAACUGACUAAGCUUUUUAGGUCGACAAGCUCUCUACAAAGCAGUUCUGUUAUCUCAAGCCUCUGCAGGGGCCAGCAACUGGUGCUUAACUACUACUUCCACUCCAGAAGGUUACCCAUCCUCCUGCUGUCCUAGAGCCAUUCUGGGACACUUGCACUUCUAAGAGAGGAACCCUGCUGUGGGGGACUGUCAAAAGCACUGAAAUACUACAGCAGAGCAAGUCCCAGUGGGCUGUAUGCUUUUUAAAGUCCUGUCCAGUUCUUAGUGACAAAGCUGAGCAUGAAACCUGUACUGCCAAACGUACCAGCCCCUUAAUGAGGACAUGUAUGUGAAGCAGUCUCAGAAGCAAAGAUUUUGAGGAAAGGCUGGUGUUUUCCAAAUCCAACUCAUAAGCCAUUUUUUUUUUUUAGAUCAUUGAGUUUCCACCCACCUAAAAUCAUCGUUAGUCAAAUAAAUUAAAACAAUUGCUUCUAGUUUGGGCUAGAACAUUCCCCUCGUAUAACCCAAACUUCUACCACCCAUCCAUCUAAAGAAUCCUUAAGCAAACAAUCCUCAGGAGGCAGAGCCCUUCUAAGAGUCUGCACGCUAGAAGGCAGACAGGAAAUGUGACAAUAGAGUGUAAUGUGACUUUUCUUGCGACAGUGACUUCUACAAGACAAGGAAAAGACAGAGGUAGUGCUUUGCGGCAGUGUUUCAUGCUCAGCAAGUUUGCAGAGGGAAGAAAUGCAAUUCUAUAAAUCACUUGUACUGUAUUUCUGUUUCUAGACUUGAAUGAAUUUCACUUUUCCUUUGUGGUUCAGCGUAGUAAACAUUAAAGAAAAGGUCUAUUUUUCUAAAUCUCUUUCACCAACAGAGGUCUGACCUGCAGCCAACAGAUGGAUUUAUUUAUCCACAGAGGACAGAGUGUUUAUUUUUACACUAAGAAUGGAUAUGGCAUUGAAUAAAAAGCAGUAUGACCUUUGAACUAUCUAAACCUUAAAUUCCAUGAACAAAUUCCACAAAUGAGUAAUACAGUGGACAAUUGCAUCUUUCUUCCCAGUAAAUCUCGGAAAAACAAGUUACCCAGAAUUAAACUUCCAAAUGAAGUACAAGAAAGAUUGUGGUCUAGUUACAGACUACUUUCAAAAUAUUUCAGAUUUCUCUGGAUUUGUAAUCUACAGAGAACAAUGAUGAUUAAACUAUUCCUGACUAUACUGUAAAUAAAGCAAUUUCAAAUAAAGUAAUUUGGCAACAACCUUCACUAUUUGUAGUGUUAAAAAUGUAAUCUGAACAUUCAGAUUGUCUUAAUUUGGUAGCAGUUGAGUGGGAAGAAAAAUAACCGCACAGUGAAAUUUUAAAUGGAGCUGUAACUACUCACUAGCCAAAAAAGCCUGCAAAUGUAAAGUAAAUGGAAUGCUCUUUGUACAUUAAGUUGCUUCCUCACGUGAUGCUGUACCCUGUACACGUGGCUUCAUUUGGCUUCUGCGUUGUGGUUUGUACGCCAACCACUGUUAUUAACUGUACACAACACUGAGAUCUGCACUGUAAUCCUGGUUCAUUUACCACUGAUUGUAACCCAAUGCUACAGACUUCUCUGUAAAUAAAACCAUAACCAUGUCCCAUUUGCUUCCAAUAGCAUACAAUAAAGGCUUAUCUCUGUAAACA